AUGGGCAGCUAUACCUUCAAGUGGGAAAAUCCCACUGGCGAUGUAUCCGACGUCCUCGUUACCGGUUCGUUUGAUGGAUGGACCAAAUCGGUGAAGCUCGAAAAGCAAGGGACCAGCUUCCAUAAGACGGUCACUUUCGCGGAGAAAGAUGCUUCGAGCAAGAUAUACUACAAGUUCGUCGUCGAUAACAAUUGGACCAUCAACGAGUCCUACCCGCACGAAGCCGACCACGAGGGCAACGUCAAUAACUUUCUGACCCCGGACGACCUCUCCAACUCUGAAUCUGCGCAGGUGCCUGCACUCGCUGCAGCUCCCUUUAUCAACACCGUCACCCCCGAAUCCACCACCGUUGCCGAAAUGGCCAAGAAGAACAACAACAAGAAGAAGGCCGCCGCCGCCAGUAAGCAGCCUGCUGCUGCUGCUGCUGCUGCUACUGCCGUAGCCAGCGCCCCCGCCUCUGAGCCCAAGCCCGAGACCAACGUCGCCGAGGCUGCUCCUGCCGCAGCAGAAGCUACUGCGACCCCAUCUGACGUCCCCGGAGGCUUCCCUGUGACGCCCUCCAAUGAGGCUGCCGACCUGGAGGAUAAGACUGUCAGCAUCAAUCCUCUACCAGCUACAGUUCCUGGCACUAGCAACCCUAUUAAGCUUGCCCCCGGUGAGAAGAUCCCAGAGGCAAUUGCCGCUCAGAAUAUCAAUGAGCAUGUCAAGCUAGACAAGGAGUCCUACGAGCGGAGCGACGCCCUUCCCGGCGGCCCUCCUUUCAGCACCACCGAGGUCCCUCCCAAGUCUGGCACUAUGAUCCCCGAAUCCAGCCUCCCUAUGGGCGAUCAAGCCGACGUCACCAACGCUACCAUUAACUCGGUUGGCCCCGGUGCCACGACUGUCGCCCUCGCCGGUCAGGUUCCCCUGGAGCCUGACGUCACCAACGCUACCAUUAACUCGGUUGGCCCCGGUGCCACGACUGUCGCCCUCGCCGGUCAGGUUCCCCUGGAGCCUGACGUCACCAACGCUACCAUUAACUCGGUUGGCCCCGGUGCCACGACUGUCGCCCUCGCCGGUCAGGUUCCCCUGGAGCCCAAGGUCCCCGAGGUUGUUAAGGAGAGCCAGGAGAAAGCCGGCGUCGCACCCGAAGCAUCUGGUGUAGCUGAGGAAGUCAGAGAAAAGGCCAAGGUCGAGGAAGAAAUCAAGACAAAGGUUCCCGAGGCUCCUGCUACCUCUGUCGGCACUUCUGGCAUUGGAACUGAGAAGAAGGAGAACUCUGGCGCUAUCCUUGGUGCUGCCACAGCUACUGGUGGCGCUGCUGUUGCGGCUGCUGUUGCGGCAGUUAACAAGUUUUCUGAAGAUGCUACUCCUGCUGUGAACGACGCCAAGAAGGCGACUGUCGAUACAAUCAACAAGAACCUUCCUGCCACUGUAAAAGACAAGCUACCCGAGUCAGCUCAGGCCGCUCUUGCUAGUGACAAGAAGGACAGUCCUCUGGAGAAGAUUUCACCUGAAGUUCCCAAGGAGGUCAAGGAGUCUAUUGCUGAGGCUGGUAAGAGCCCUGAGGCUGCUGCAAGCACCUCUGCGGUCGAGGAGAAGAGGGAGGUCGAGAGCGAGCUGCUUAAGGAAGUGAGGAAGGCACCUGCUGUUGAUGAAGUGAAGAAGGCACCUGCUCUUGAUGACGCCGUCAAGCCCGCUGAAACAAAAGCCCCCGAGACAAAGCCUACAGUCGCCACGCCUGCAGCAGCAAGCACUCAGGCCCCAACUACUGUCGCUGCUGCGAAUGGAGCUACGGGCGCCGAAACCAAGGCUUCUGAGCCUCCUGCCGCGACAUCAGCAACGCCCGCGACCAAUGGCAACGGCACUGAGAGCAAGCCUGCCGCUGAAGGCGGUGCUGCCCAUGACAAGAAGAAGAGCCGCUUGAGUGUCAUGUUCAGCAAGCUCAAGGCCAAGUUGAAAUAA